AUUACAUAAAAUCUUAAAGUUGAUGUAAAUUGGAUACAAAGAGGGCGUUGAAACCUAAAAGAACUAGUUAUCUUACACUGAAAUGUUCUUAAAGUCUUUUCUCAAAUUAAUUAUUUUUUAAAGUUGUAAUUUUUACAUUCUGUGUUUUGAGCAGUGUGUAGAUGGAGAAACAGCAAGUGUUGUAAUGUUCCAUUGUAUGGAACCGGAAGCAGAAGACGUUCUUUCACCGGAGCCUCAGCGUCGCUCCAUCUGCUCCAACUGCGACCGCCCCACGCGCGUCUGUCUCUGCCACGCGCUUCCAUUUCCUCCUAUUCAAACCGCCACUCGCAUCCUCAUCGUGCAACACCCUCACGAGGCUCGCCACAAGCUCUCCACCACACCAAUCCUCAACAAAUCCCUCCUCCGCGCAUCCUCCGUCACCUCCCGCCGCCUCCGUCGCGGCCUCUCCCCAAUCCUCGACCGCUCUCCCCCCGCCCUCUACCUCUUCCCCUCCUCCGCCUCCUCCACAACCCCCGCCCUCCACAUCUCCGCCGUGCACCCCUCCGCCGACCUCGUCCUCAUUGCUUUCGACGCCACGUGGCAGCACGCUCGCGAGAUGGUGCGCGCCAGCGAGGAUUUCCUCUCCGAGUUCGCCACUAGGGUUUGUCUGGACGUGGAUGAGAGUGUUGGCGGCGGAAGCAUCUAUGACUCCGAAUUGAUUUUGCGGAAGGAGCCUUUCGCCGGGUGCGUUAGCACAAUGGAGGCUGUGGCUCGGGCCUUGCGCGUGCUCGAGCCCAAUGGGCCCGAGAUUGAAGAGAAGCUGGUUGGGGUUUUGAGGGAGAUGGUGAGGUUGCAGGCUGGGUUCUUGAAGCCCGUGAAGCCCAGGCCAAAGUUGUUGAAGAAGAAGACCGAGGGAAAGGAAAAGAAGGAGGGUUCUGUUCAAGGUUAAGACAUGAGAGGGGACUGCAGACCAUUUUUGACAUGCGACUUCCUCAGGUAUAUAUAUAAUUUUUUCAAAUCUCUACUCAUUCUAAUUGUACAUGCCUUCUGAAUAUAUUUCAAUCUUCCCAAAGUUGAGGUGCUGGGCAGACUUCUAACUUAUUGCUUAAGUAAGAGACGAAGUCAUUGCAUUUACAGAGUGUCAAACAAGUUUUUAAGGAAAGGGUAUUGGGAGAAGUGAAUAUAUAUAUAUAUAUAUAUAUAUAUAUAUAUAUAUAUAUAUAUAUAUAUAUAUGAAAGAGAGGGAGGGAGGAAAAGAGUUAUAUAUAACUUGUAAGAGUGUAAGUUAAUUACUUUUGCAUGUAGAUGUUUUUCCAUGACAGUUAAACAUACUAUUUUGGAGAGAAGAAAAAAAUGAAAGAAAAUGAUGAUGAACGUAAGUCAAAAUCAACUUAGUCCUAAAAGCUCAUAUUCUUGGUACUAGUCUAUCACAUAAGAUACCGUAUUCGUGAUUUGUAAAAAAGGAAAAAAACACGAUCAACUUCAUGAAGGAAGGAACAGGGGAAUUGGUUUCUUGUGUAUAUUGCACCAGGUACAUACUUGAUGGGAUGAUGAUCUGUCAAAACUCAUAUCCAAUAUCUGUACCAUUCGAAAUAAACUGGGGGGCUUAAUAGACAAUUGAUGGCAGAAAACUAGGAUAUACCAUAGUUGUUCCAAGAUAGACUCUGGCAUCAUAGAAGCGGGGUCUCUGAUUCUGCUUGUUACAAUGACUGGCAGAUGAGCUGAUAAUUGAUAUUUAAAGCUCGGUUUCCAUGAAAGCUCCAGAAUAGCCCAACAAACUACAGAAGAAUUCAAAUAUGCGCAUUGGGGUCAUCAGAGGAUGACUAGAUCUUUAGUUCCGGAGACAUUACCAUACUUGGAAUUAGCCGCCAAAAUAUGGUAAUGGACUAAAAAUUGCCAGAGCCACCCAUUCCUAACACAUUUGACCCAUUCCCUUUUAGUGAAAAGUUGGAUCAUUACUGACAUGAUCUUGGGUUGAGUUGGAUAUGGUUUGCAGAAAACCAUCAUUGCGUGGGUUUGAACGUGGCAUACGAAAUGGGUUGAGUUGGAUUCACUUAGAUGUGUUACCAAGGUGCGUGUAUGGCUCAUGCUCAGGAAGUGAUGUGUGUUGAAUGACGUCUUUAUUGUGGGUUUUUAUUAUGGUUGUAGAGCAACCAGCAUCUUAUACCGUAAUCCUAACCGGGAAGGGAAGUAUAAUCUAAAUCAACAUCUGAAGGAAAGGAAUAAUGAAUACUUGAUACUAGUCGAAAAGGAGAUGCAGGUGCUUCUUUUGUGACUCCAUUUUCCAAGUUUUGUAAAAAUUCAAAUCCCAAAGAUUUAGCAGCAAAGUCUAGAAUGUGAUUACCAAGCUAUACUUUUCCCAAGGAGAGGACUAAUUCGAGAAUAGAAUCGGGUAACGUGCAUGGCCACAUCUUCUAUUUUUUAAAUUAGAGCUAAUUACGAUAUAAAUUAACAUUUCAAUCAUCAUUUGCAUCUAUCUACUUAUGUAUAAUAUUAAAGCUCUUAUUAAAAUUGUCAAACCAGCUUUUCAACUUUUGUUUAUCUCUUUUAUUUAUUCUUUAUUCAGUUUUCUCUUAUUAA